UCAAAUGUAUUGAUGUGCGUGACCAGCUCUGCGACACCCAAGCAGACACACAUUUAGUCUCUGAUGUCAUUUUUUCCUCGAGCGACACUUGUCCCCUGGACUAUGAAUUGGUCUUAAUGGGAUUUGUCUGGAGUAGGAUGAAGCCCCUCUGGGUAGUCCCCGGCCUGGGAAACUUCCUCUCAACACCCACGUUGGGCAAGUGAUUUACAUCUUUUCAAAAGCAAAAACGCUAUGAUGCUCCGCAGAUAGAUAACUAAAGAAAAUCUGACUUACCGUGUUGUGUAACCAGUGUUUAUAUAAUCACCCAUGAGCACAAGAUGGCACCACACAAAGGCAAGUUUGAGGGUGUCUUCUGUGUGUUUGUUAGAUGAUUAUUCACAAGCAUAUGGUCUUGGGUCAGAUUAUGAAACUCGCAGCACUCCUACAAAUGGAGAUUUCACUCUAUGUUCGUUGGUCUGUGGUGCAUGAGAAGGUAAAAUGGGCACAAACAGGGGUGAACAGUGCGUGUGUCAGUUGCUAGAGGUCAUAGAGUUCUCCCUCUUAUGUAAUUGCAUCUGCAGUCGUGCCACUCUCUAGCUACCUCUCACGCCUUGCUUCGUCAUUCCUCCCUAAGGGGAAUGUGUUUUUUCUAAAAGAUGACUUGUGUGUGCUGACACAGAGGAGGCAGAAAGGUAUCACCCACCCACCUGCCCAAGUAUAUCUCACUGUGGUGCAGUGUAUAGAAACCAGUUUAAUUCCUUCAUUAAUUUAAAUGUUUUUUUUUUUUUUUAAUUGAAGUCACUGUACAUUCUAUGUUGUGCAUUCAGCUUUAGUCGUUUAGUGUACAGUUUGGGUGUGAAUUUUACAUUGUGUCUAUUUGUUACUCUGUGGGAGUGAUUUUGCAAUAUCCUUGGAGGGUACAUUGUGGGUGGGUGAAAUGUGUGUUGGAGGAGUAUUUCUGAGCAAUGAAACGUGCGAGUAUUAAAGAAGAUGCAUGCAGUUCUUGAAAAUGCCUCCUCAUAGUCUAGAAUGUCAUUUUUCCCUAGUAACUGUAGAUACAUUUUUUGUGUAUUUUGAAUGAUUUAGUAUGUUUCGCUAUAUUUUUGUAAAUUAGAGUCAAUCUUGCCAAGACCCUAAAUUAUUUGAAGUAGUGUUGGAAUUAGAUGAAAACAUGUUUUGAACAGUUUGAAACAUCAACCUGCAGCCCACGCUCUUCGGCGUUCCCUGUACGUGCACGUGACCAUUGCCGACUGUGGAUAUAGUCACAGACAGUGUGUUAACCAGUGCGUUUCGCGAUAUCAGCAGGUCAUCAAGAUCACAUAAUGGAGUACAAGAUUUUUGGCGUGACAAGAGAGACACAUGUCAUGUCUAAGGAUGUACAUGAAGUCAGAUCUACGAGGUUUUUAUCGUUUUCGUGACGUGAAACAAGAAGGCGUACAACUGACAAACAAUUAUAUCUUACAGGUAGCGUCUCCGGAAGCGUAUGCGUCAAAACUAAUGGAUCGCCUUCUUUCCGUCAUCCAACUUGUAUAGUUAUUGUUUUCAUUGUAUCAAGAGUGCGCUACUGUACUGCCAUGACAUGUCGGAGGCACAUGUUUGGAUUGCAUGGCUUCUGAUUGAAAACAUGCUGUCACUUAGUGAAAGAACCGUUGAUGUGCCUAAUGUCCUCUCACCUGGAAUGUGAAAAUUGGAUUGGCAAUCAUUGCGAGUCCAUUAAGGAUUUGUAGAGACAUGUUUCCCGAUAUUAUACAGCCUAAUGACUGUCCCCCGGAUCCCAAACCCCCAGAUGGGACUUCAGUGACUGGCUUGCGCAUGCCAUCUGGCAUACGGCUGGGAUCAGCUGCACGCCAAAAAUCUGGCAAACGCCUGGGAUCUGGUAGACCCUACCAACAGCACCUCCUUGGCCCCUUGCCACAACUGGAGAGCAAGCCAUUGAUAAGUAGAAGCCAACUGAAGACCGGUUGCUAUGUGGACCUCCUGCCUCAUAUUCCCGCCAACGUCCAGAAAAACAGCACUGACGAUAGACCUCGGACCGCCAACAUAAGGUCCACUGUUGAGAAUCUGCCGGAAUGUGUCAACAACCCGUUUGGCAGUGGAAGAACCUACGAGAGAGCAAGGACACUGCCUUUAACACCAAAAGAGGCACUGAAAAUGUACAGGGAUAAGCUGACGCCGUUUGAGCAGGAGGAGAUCUCGAACUUUCUGGAAAUAUGGUACCUUGGUCUUGAUGCCCGGAAAAUCGAAGCAGUUGAAGGAGCACCCCAAAAUCAUGGAUUUGAUGAUGAGAAUGGGACGUACAUCAAGGUUAUGCAUGACCACAUCCAAUACCGCUAUGAGGUUCUGGAAGUAAUUGGAAAGGGGUCAUUUGGCCAAGUCCUUAAAUGUUUGGAUCAUAAGACCAAAGAAUUGGUUGCUCUUAAGAUUCUUCGCAACAAAAAAAGGUUCCACCACCAAUCCCAGGUGGAGCUCAGCAUCUUGGAACUGUUGAACAAGAAAGAUCGGAGCAACCGCUACAAUAUCAUCCACAUGAAGGAGCACUUUAUGUUCCGUGAUCACCUCUGCAUCACUUUUGACCUCCAGGGAAAAAACCUCUUUGAGGUUAUAAAGAAGAACCGCUAUCAGGGCUUCAGCCAAACCACCGUGCGUCGCUUCACUCACUCCAUCCUAAAGUGUCUGCAGAUGCUUCACCGUGAGAGGAUCAUCCACUGUGACCUCAAGCCGGAGAACAUCGUUCUUACCCAGAAAGGCUCACAUAACAUCAAAGUGAUAGAUUUUGGAUCCAGUUGCCUCGACCAUCAGAGAGUUUACACCUACAUUCAGAGCCGCUUCUACCGCUCUCCUGAGGUCAUCCUGGGUAGCAGCUACGGGUUGGAGAUCGACAUGUGGAGCCUCGGCUGCAUCAUCGCAGAGCUGUACACCGGCCUGCCUCUCUUCCCCGGCGAGAAUGAGAGGGAUCAGAUUGCUUGUAUUAUGGAGGUGCUGGGAGUGCCUCCAGCGGAAUUGCUUAAGACGGCUUCCAGAAGGAAAAAGUAUUUUGAUUCUAGAGGCAACCCAAAGCCCUUUACCAACAGCAAAGGCAAGUGCCGAAAACCUGACUCCAAAGAUCUGUCCAGCGUCCUGAGGUCCUCUGAUCCACUCUUCCUGGACUUCCUCAAGGGCUGCCUUGCCUGGGACCCAAAGAAGCGCAUGACUCCAGAUGAUGCCAUGCAGCAUGAUUGGAUUCAGGAUGCCAUCAUCAGGUGCGUUACAAGGACCCGCCCUUCCCGGAAGAUGACGGAGGUCCACAGCGCCUACCGGUCAGAGGCCCUGCUGCAGAAGAGCCCGGACAAGCAUCAGGACAACACCUCUAUCAAGGAGAACACGCACAGCACUGGCAAAACAAUCAAGGUGUUGCCCAGUCCUCCAAAGGUCUCUGAGGUGUCCCCCAAACAUCUAGCUGAGAUGUCCGCUAAGCAGGCGGCCGGGAGGUCCUCCAAGCUGGCACCCGGCAGGUCCCCCAAGCAGGGUGUCACAAAGUCCCCAAAGCAUGGGACCGAGACUUCCCCCAAGCAGGGGGUCACAAGGUCCCCUAAGGAGGGGGUCACAAAGUCCCCAAAGCAGGCGACCGAGACUUCCCUCAAGCAGGGGGUCACAAAGUCCCCAAAGCAAGCGACCGAGACUUCCCCCAAGCAGGCGGCUGAGAUGUCCCCCAAAUAUGGCACUGAAAAGGCCCCCAAUCAGGUGGCCGAGACGUCCCUCAAAUAUGGGACUGCAAAGUCCCCUAAGCAGGCGGCUGAGAGGUCCAACAAGCAGGUGGCCAAUAAAUCCCCCAGCCAGGGUUCUGCCAAGAAAUUCCCCAGCCAGGGUUCUGCAAAGUCCCCCAAGCAGGGUUCUGAGAAGGCCGAAAGGCAGAGCCCUGGGAGAGGCAAGCUAUCUUCUCCAGAGCGCCACUCUCCAUCUGGCGCUUCGGUGGGGAAGGAUGCAGUGGAGGCAACAAACAAGGACCCACGCAGUGGUGGCAGUAGGUGCGAGGUGGCCAAACUGAAGCCAGCCCAAAUUAUGAUCUCACCCCCCGUGGAUACCAGAACCCUUACUCUGCGCCUGCACCUGGACCAGAGCCAGGUCUGGGACCGCCUCAACUGAGAGGCAACAAUUUGGGCUCUGUUUUGAGGGCGGUAAGGUGGUAUUGGUUUGCUCAUCCUGCUCGUGUGUAUCCAUAUAUUCUUGAUCCUGAGGGUCAACAUCCACCCGAACUUCAAGAAUAUUUGGAAACAUGGGAGGUAUUGGCAUGUUAACAACAGGUUACCCCUCUGCUUUCAAGCUGUAGCCUUUCAUUCGGCCUACUGGCUGUAGGGUCUAGGAUGAUGCUUGUUUUGUGUGUGUGUGUGAGUGUGCAUGCGUGUGUGUGUAUAUGUGUGUGUGUGUGUGUGUGUGUGUGUCACACAGCUGAGGUUGAGUGACCUCUUGGGUCACUAAGUCAAGACCUCGCCUCAGUUCCCAGGUAAAAUAAAAAGUGCCCAUUUGCACACCAAAAACAUCAGGUGCAUUGGUGACCUGGAGGACCAUGCUGAAUGACAACUUUGCAAUGGUUCUUAGAAAAUUAAUUGGAUAUUGGAUAAAUACCUAGGAAAUUAAUUGGAUAUUCGGCCACACCUUUUCAAAAUUUCUUCCCAUGCUCCUAAAGAUGAAUGAUAACAAUGAGUGCGGAUCGUGGAUCUACGCACCUUUGUAACAGAAUUCAGUCUUCCUUUGUCACCCAUAGUCUGCAAUAAAUCACUGAGUGCGGGUCAUUGCUUUGAUCUACGCACCUUUGGUUGAGAUUGGAACAUCAUGUAGACUAUCUGUUGCAAAGUGGUUCAUAGUGCUCUCUAAUUGACUCUUUCUAAUUGACUUCUGAAAGAUCUGUCUCAUGUAUAGGGAGUCAUUAUCUAAAAUACUAUCCAAUAGAUGUAUUUCUAAUUGGUUUUAAAAAAAGAACUUUGCAUGGAUAUUGUUGAGCAUCUUUUAUUAAAACUCAAGGGAGCUUUGGAUAAUCUUAAACAUCCACUACUGAGACAUUGAGUACGGAUCAUUCCUUUUGAUCUACGCACCUUUGUUUUUUUUAUCCAAGGACAUAGUUGGAAUAAUCAAAAAGAUUGAAAUAAAGAUAAUAUUAAUCUAAAAGAUCAAUUUGGAUUUUAAACCUAAAAUCUAAAUCCAUAUUCCUAUCUAGGCUACCUGUGGCAGACAUUUAGAACACCCACGUUCUCCACCAUGCACUUUCUAUUUUAUCCACAAGCAAACCAGGGUUAAAAAAAGAUGUGAUGGCACCCUCUAGUGACAUCUAGUAGAAAUGUCCCUGACCCGAAUGAUUGUGACGUGAUGUGAUGUGAUAUGUUGUGGUGUUACGUGACAUGAGCAAGCAGCAUCAUUGACCCUAAGCCUUUACUGUAGGGUCUAGGAUGAUGCUUGUUUUGUGUGUGUGAGUGUGCAUGCGUGUAUAUGUGUGUGUGUGUGUGUGUGUGUGUGUGUGUGAAUGUAUCUAAAUCUAGAAGGCUCAGGAAAUUAUAAUGCUAUCACACAGCGGAGGUUGAGUGACCUCUUGGAAAUACCUAGGAAAUUAAUUGGAUAUUCGGCCACACCUUUCUAAAUUUCUUCCCAUGCUCCUAAAGCUGAAUGAUAACAAUGAGUGCGGAUCAUGGAUCUACGCACCUUUGUAACAGAAUUCAGUCUUCCUUUGUCACCCAUAGGCUGCAAUAAAUCACUGAGUGCGGGUCAUUGCUUUGAUCUACGCACCUUUGGUUGAGAUUGGAACAUCAUGUAGACUAUCUGUUGCAAAGUGGUUCAUAGUGCUCUGUAACUGACUCUUUCUAAUUUACUUCUGAAAGAUCUCUCAUGUAUACGGAGUCAUUAUCUAAAAUACUAUCCAAUAGAUGUAUUUCUAAUUGGCAUUCAAAAAAGAACUUUGCAUGGAUAUUGUUGAGCAUCUAUUAUUAAAACACAAGGGAGCUUUGGAUAAUCUUAAACAUCCACUACUGUGACAUUUAGUGCGGAUCAUUCCUUUUGAUCCACGCACCUUUGUUUUUUAAUCCAAGGACAUAGCUGGAAUAAUCAAAAAAAUCUAAAUAAAAAUAAUAUAAAUCUAAAACAAAUCUAAAAGACCAAUUUGGAUUUAAAACCUAAAAUCUAAAUCCAUAUUCCUAUCUAGGCUACCUGUUAGAAAAGUGGCAGACAUUUAGAACACCCACGGUCUCCACCAUGCACUUUCUAUUUUAUCCACAAGCAAAGCAUAUUUUAACCAGUUUAAAAAAAAAGUGUGAUGGCACCCUCUAGUGACAUGUAGUAGAAAUAUUCCUGACCUGAAUGAUUGUGACGUGAUGUGAUGUGUUGUGGUGUUACGUGACAUGAGCAAGCAGCAUCAUUGACCCUAGGCCUUUACCAAACCAUCAUUAUAGACUCAAUUGGACCCCCCACGACAAAUGUAUCUCACACGACUGAUCUCUAAAUUGCAAUUCCCUAUGAAACCCCCCUCCACCCCCAUCCCCAGAGCCCCAAAACACCCUCUAUCUGCUACACUCUGAACCGUAGUCCCCCAUCAACCCUUACUCCUAAUAAAUCAUGAGCAUAUAGUUGGUGGAUAUGUGUUUUUCUUUCAGGAGACUUGGAUGUCCUUUGGUUGAUUGUUUCCCCCUGAAAACCACUGUCAAAUGGCAUAUUGGCUGUACAUAUUAUUUGACAUACUCAUGUAAUUAUAACUGUUUGUAACUUAUUGCUAUUGAAUAAUGGCCAUUCUUGUUAAUGAUAUUGUUUAAAUGUAUUUCUUUUAGCCAUUUCAUCCUUCCACCUUACAUAUUUUCUUUUCUUGAUCUUUUUGUAAGAGGAAGUAAAACAAGUUGUAGAAAAGAUUUCAAUGUGAGCAUAUCCAGAAAUGUGACUUGAAGCAAAUGUUAAAGCACUUUAGC